AUGCGAGAAUCAAAUUUUUACGUUAAAAAUCAAAAUUGUGACUGUGAUCAUGGCAAUCAAUAUCAUACCAAUUGUUAUAAUAACAAAGAACAAAAUGAACAAUUAUUUUUAUCAGAAGAAGAAGACAUCGGUGAAUUUUCAUUAGAUGAAAGUUCAUCCCUUGGUUCCAUUUACGAUUCAAGAUAUAGUAGCCCGUAUACCAAACGACAUCAUCCUAAUAAUUUAUCUAGAAGAAAAAAAACUAACGAUCCUCCAGUAGAAAUAAAUGAUUCUUCUUUAUCUUAUAUUGAUUUACCACCAUUCUAUUGGAGCGGAUAUGAAACUCAAGCAAAUAAUUUAUCACUUAAAAAUACAGGAAAAACGCUUGCUAUUAGCGGAACAUGGACUCAAGGAAAACCUUUCGUUACUGGAGGACCUUUGAGUGGUACCUAUAUAUUUUCACACAUACAUUUUCAUUGUCCCAGUGAACAUCAAUUAAAUGGCGUCAGGUACCCGUUAGAAAUGCACGUCGUUCAUUAUAAAACAACUUAUUUAACACAAGAAAGAGCCAUGUAUGAAAAAGAUGGUACGAUUGUUUUCGUAUCCGAAACUCCGUCAACUAGUCUUUCACAAGUUACAAAAUUAGCAUCAUAUGUUGAUACCGUGGAUUCUUCGGUUCAACUUCCUCAAUUGGCUUUAAAUCAACUUUUUACACCCUUUAGAUCGAAUUAUUAUUUGUAUUCUGGGUCAAUCAGAACAGAAAAAAAUUCUUAUUUAUUACAAUGGUUUAUAUAUCGUAAAAUAGCUAGCGCAACAAUGUUUGAGGUAAAUAAUUUGCUAAAAAUUUUGGAUGCCAUUAAAAAACCCUCUGGUUUUACAAGAAUGAAACCUCAAAAUGGAGACGUAUUUUGCGUUGAACAAGAAGAUCCUCCUAAAUCGGAUAAAAAUGUUAUAGGUUUUCAGCCGCUACCAACGCUUCCUUGUUUACCCUCAGGUCCAAUAAGCCGUCCUUUGCCUACUCAAACAUGUUCCUCAUCUCAGCAAACACUUCCACCUACAGUUUUUACAUUUUCUCCAUUGUCUUCCUUAAAUCCAAAAUCGUGUUCACAAUUACAGACGCAACAAUCACCAUCUCCUUCUAACUUGCAACCAACUUCUUUACAAUCAAAGCCAUCCUCUGCCCACGUGCAGCUAUGUAUUUCCCACCAACAGUCAUAUUCUUGUCACUCACAGCCAUCCACUUUACAGCCAAAAUCAUGUUCACAUAUAAAGCCAUCUUAUUCACUCCCAUUUCAAUCUUCCUUAAAUCAGCAGACUUCCCCAUAUUCACAGACAUUUUCCUCACAAGGACAGACGUGUUUUUCAGAUUUAAAAUCAUCUUCUUUUUCACCACAGCCAUCCUCCGUACAAUCACAACCAACUUCUUCGCCGUUACAAUCAUGUUUUUCACACCCACAUCCUUGUACUUCUUAUCAACAGCCAUGUUCUUCAUGCAAACAACCAUGCUCUUCAUGCAAACAACCAUGCUCUUCACAACCACAGCCAUGUUCUUCACAUCCACAAUUAUACUCCUCAAACCCACAGCCUCAGCCAUGUCCUACACAUUCACAAGCAUAUUCCUCAAACCCACAACCUCAGUCAAUUUCCUCGAAUCCACAGGCACUGUCACAACCAUGUUCUUCACAUCCACAACCAUACUCCUCAAACCCACAGCCUCAGCCCCCUUCCUCAAAACCCCAGUCACAGCCAUGUCCUUCACAUUCACAAGCAUAUUCCUCAAACCCACAGUCACAGUCACAGCCAUGUUCUUCAGAUCCGCAACCAUACGCUUCAAACCCACAGCCUCAGCAAACUUCUUCAAACCCACAGUCACAGCCAUGUUCUUCACGUCCACAAACAUAUUCCUUGAACCCACAAUCACAAUCGUACUCCUCAAACACACAGCCGCAGGCAACUUCUUCAUAUGUACAACCAGAGCCAUGUUCUUCCAACCCCCAGUCAUAUUCCUCAAAUUUGCAAUCAACUUCUUCAAACCCACAGCCGCGGCCAUGUUCAUCACCCCCACAAUCAUAUUCCUCAAACUUACAGUCCCAGCCAACCUCAUCAAACUCAAUGCCACAGCCAUGUUCUUCUCCCUCACGAUCACAACCUUGUUCUUCUUCCUUAAAGUCACAGCCUUGUUCUUCUUCCUCAAAACCACAGCCUUGUCUUUCUUCCCCAAAGCCGAAGAUAUGUUUCUCAAACUUACAGUCAACCUCUUUUUCAUCACAAGCAUCUUGCUCAAAUCCGGCGCCUCAAGGAUCACAAAUGUCUUGCCAACAAGUUUUUUCGCACUUUCGUUUGCCCUCUCUCUCAUCUCCUCAACAACCGUGUCCAUCUCCACAACCAUGUCCACCUCAACAGCCUUGUGCACCUCAACAACCACCUCUCACAUCUUCGCAGUCACCUUGCUUACUUCCACAAAAUUCUUCCGUUCUUUCAAAACCCCCUUGUUCUUCAACAUCAUCACCACGACCACUGCCGCCUGCUUCACCUCCUGAGCCGCCUUGCCAAACUUCACAACCAUCCGCCUUACCCCCUGAUUCGCUUUGCUCCCAGUCGCAGCCACCUGUUUCAGCUGAAGCAUCAUCUUGUUCAUCUUCACGACCGCCUGUCUCAGCUCAAGAAUCAUCCUCUUCACAGCCAUCUUCUCAGACUUCAAAAUCGCCUUGCCAACAACUUUUUUUCCCUUUUCGAUUUCGCAAUUUAACUUCAAAACCACCUUAUCCAAUUCCAUCUUUAUUUUGUCAAAAAUCGUAUUCUCCUCCCAGUCCACCUAAUCCGCCUAACCCUCCAGAACCAGAAGAAUCAUGUCCGAAAGAACCUAAUCCUUGUUCAACGCCGUUACAAAAUUCGUCCUUUUGCUCUUCAGGAUCAACGUCGCUUUCAAAAAAAUCAGGAGUCAUUUUUCCUCCCUUUAGAUUUAAUUUAUUUAAAUGUAAAUCUGAUUCAUGUGCCGCAUCAGACGACUUAAAAGCUUCAAAUGCCGACAAGGGUGUUCAAAAUUGUCCAGAUAUUGAUACAAAUUUAGUUCAAACUUCUGAGAGCGAUAAUAAAAAAGAUUAUUGCGAGGAGGAUACAGAUUCAUAUGUAACAACAAAACAAUACCCUUGCACAAACGAACAACCUACUACCACUCCAUGCCCUUAUCCGAGCGAGCCUGCCACGUCGGAACCGUGCCCUCACACAAUAAUGUCUGACACGUCGAAACCAUGUUCUUGUAGAAAAGAGCCUGACACGUCGGAACCGUGCCCUCACACAAUAAUGCCUGACACGUCGAAACCAUGUUCUUGUAGAAAAGAGCCUGACACGUCGAAACCAUGUUCUUGUAGAAAAGAGCCUGACACGUCAGAACCGUGUUCUUGUACAAAAGAGCCUGCCACGAUGCAACCAUGUCCUCACACAAACGUGCCUCCCACAUCGAAACCGUGUCCUCACACAAAAGAACCUGCCGGGUCGCAACCGUGUACUUGUGGAAAAGAACCUGCCACGAUGCAACCAUGUCCUCACACAAAAGAACCUGCCGGGUCGCAACCGUGUACUUGUGGAAAAGGACCUGCCACGAUGCAACCAUGUCCUCACACAAACGUGCCUCCCACAUCGAAACCGUGUCCUCACACAAAAGAACCUGCCGGGUCGCAACCGUGUACUUGUGGAAAAGAAUCUGCCACUGACGAUUCGUGUUCACAUACGCACAUAAUUAUCAAAUCAGACCCUUGCCCUCACAAAAACGAACCUGUUUCACGUGAUUAUUACAAUGCAAAGCAAAAAGAUGAUUGUUACUACUCUGACAAAAAAAAGAAAUCAAAAGAUGGUAAAGAUGGUAAAGAUGGUGACGAAGUAAAAACGAUAUUCAAAAAGAAACAAAAUUCAGAAAAAGAGGGUGCGGCUCUGGGAAAUUCAACGACUCCGAAUAAAAAUUUACAAGUAAAUUAUUUACUCUCACCGAACAACAUAGCGGAUUGUUUUUCCAAAGUCGUUAAAAUAGAGGGUCCACACGAGAUUUCGGGAGGAACGAAAAAAAAAUUAAAGGAAAACAACAGCAACAGCAACAACCACAACAACACCAACGAAAGUACGUUUAAAAAUUCAUUCAAAACAUUAUCACGAACAAAACAACCUGACAAAACGUCAAUAUCAAAUCUAAAAACUUCUACGUCGUCAACAAAUGACAAUAAGACAAAACCGAAAGAAUUUUCACUUAUGACAGAGCAUUUUUUUAGAAUUGACAAAAAAAAUGUUAAAAGUCAAACGUGGGCUUUUCAGGAAUAUCACGUGAAAAUCAAAUACGACAGUCGAACGCUUCAAGAAUACAACGGUUCACUUACCCCAGAACAAUUAACCCAUGGAAAAUUUAGAAAAUCAUUACUCGUGCCAAAGGGUCAAAGUUCGAUGAAUCUACCGAUUAAAUUAGCCGAUUGCACGGUAAAUAAAAAACAAUUGAACGAAAUAUGCGUUAAAACGAAAUAUUUAAUUAGCGAAAAGGAUUUCGUUAAUAAUUUUAUUUAUCGUAAACGUUCGAACGACACCCGAACGAGUUUAGACGUCGGUACUCAAUAUUCUAAAUACGAUGUAAACAAACGUUUGAGCAAAACCGUGACGUCAGAUUAUAAUAUUUUAAUUAAAAAUCCAUCGAAUUUUAUACGGAGUGGAAAACAAAAUUUAAGAUUAACAGAAUCCGUUGAUAAUAUUUCCUCGGAUUCGAUGGCGACUCAAGAUUUAAAAGAUUUAUUCAAGAUCGAUGAGAAAAAAUAUUGUGAGGGAAAUCGCUGUUGCGAAAAAUCCGUACAAAAUGAUGAUAAAAAAAUAAAUUUCAAAGAAUUUUUAUUUGGAACGGAUUCGCGUUUGAAAAAAUUUAAAGAAGAAGAGAAAGAAGAAAAUUCGAAAGUUUUAAUAAAAAAUUCAACGUUUCUCAAAGAAAAUAAUAAUAAUAAUCGUGAUAAAAUGAUAAGAAAAAAUGAUGAGGAAAGAGAAAUAAGAGACACCGUGAUGAAUAAAAGAAAAAGUUUGAAAUGCAUGAGAAAUAAUGAUUCAUCAUUUACCGUUGAAAAAUCAGAAAAAUCAAUAGGUACAAGCUUAAGUUUCGAUAAAAAAAUAAAAAUGGAUUGCAAAUCGAUACAAUGCAUGUCAAUAGGAAAUAUAAAAGCAAAAUUUUCCAAGGAUUCAUUGGAACGUUUAAAAGAAAAUCAAAAAGUAUUUAUAGGGAAAAAAACAAUAGAUUGCGAAUCGGAAAAUAUAAUUAAAACCGAAUAUUACGAUAAUAAAAACGAUUUAACGGCGGCGAAAAGUAAAUCUUUAGUUAAUUUAAAUUCAAAAAUAAUUGUCGUACCUGUACGAGUAAAAAGUUUUUCUAAUAUAGAAAUUGUACUCGUUGAACAUGAUCAAGUUGUUAAAAAUUUAAAUACCUGUGAUGAUGAUAAAUACGUACCUGGUGUAAAUUGUUGUUGUAAAUAG